AUGGUUUCCCUCACCAUGUGUUCUUCUUUCUUUGCACCUUCACGGUCAGUCCUUCACCACUUUUCUGUUCCUCUUCUCUCAUUCAAACUCAUCGCAAAGUUCUUCUGUCUUCAUUUUGACCUUCCUUCAUCAGGCGUGACGCGUUGUAUCUCAUCCACCGAGUCCCCUCCCUGCUCUCUCACCGUGGAAGAGCUCACCGUUGUCGACAACCAAAACAAGAACACCGCAGAGGUAAAUACCAACGAGGAUGUGGACCGCGUUCAGGAAGACCUGCAGUCCAAGGUAUCCAAGCCACUGCAGUUUGGAGAGGUGGAGAAGCUCAGUUGGAUUGGCGUGGCCUUUGUGCUUUCCGGGUCGGCGACCAUCAUUACCUGGUACGUGUUGAAUGAGAUCAGGAAGUCUGUAGCUCGUCCAUUGACCGUUGAGCUCAACUACAGGGGAAAGCUCUACGCUAUAUUCAGUGCCAAAUGGCUGUAUCUAUCCUCGGUUGUCCUCUUUGAGACUGGAAGUGCGCUUUGUGGAGCGGCUCUGACCAUGAAUGUGUUUAUUGUGGGCCGUGCUAUUGCUGGGCUGGGGGGCUCGGGCAUGUACCUCGGGUGCUUGAAUUUGUUGUCGGUUACCACAUCUAUCCAGCAACGGCCGCAAUAUAUCGCAUUGACUGGGAUUACAUGGGGCUCGAGAACAGUCCUAGGACCAGUGGUUGGAGGCGCUUUUGCGCAAAGCACCCACGCCACCUGGCGCUGGGCCUUUUACAUCAACCUUUGCAUCGGAGUCGCAUUUCUCCCAAUCUACAUCGCCUACCUUCCGGAGAUGUGA